AAAACAGGCUAGCUGUGCAUUUCAUCAUCUCUCGUAUUGCUAAAAAUGCAUUUCACAAUGGUGUGCUGUUGUGUGGUGACAGAUUAGGAUAGUGUAUUUGUUAAUUUCUCUCCUCUCCUGUGCAGUGUGGUCGCAGACGAGAGGAAUAUUUAAAAACAACUCUGGCUCCGAUAAGCGAACGACUACUAGCUAGUGUAAGCUAGCAUUAGCAUCAGUUACCAAACACAGACACGCCAAGAUGGACGAGGCAACUACCGCGGCGUUCGAAGAGGACGGAGCUGGAAAUGAGUCCUGCAGGGGAGACGGACCCAAUGGCACAUUUAACAAGAGAUCCCCUGUAGGGGAAGGGGUUUUCUGUUGCCGGGAUUGUGGAGAAGCCUUCAGAGAGGAGGCAACCUACUUGAAGCACUGCCAACAGCAUUCCCAAGAAAACCUCUCCAUGUUUGUAGAUCACCAGUUGAAUGAAACCCUGAAACAUGGCAUGGAAAAGGACAGUGAAACAACAAAUUUCUGUAAUAUAUGUUCACUCUCCUUUGUUGAGCUGAAUGAUUUCCGUUCACACAUGGAAAAGGAGCAUCAUCAAACUCUACAAAAGGACUUUCUUGAACACAUGGGCACUGGGAUAACAAAGCACCACACCUAUGAAUGUCCAGAUUGUGGGAAGUCGUAUGGUGUUCUCGGACACUUUCUCAACCAUCAGCGGUCACACAGACAAGCCUCCAAAUCAGUAUUUCAUGAUCUUGAACAUUUGAAAAAGAAAUCAUUUCAGUGCGAGUCUUGUGGGAGGACUUACUCUCGUGCAUCUGCUCUGGAUGCACAUCGCCGUUGUCAUGAGGAAAAGUUAGUAAAAUCACGAAGCAGGAGUUCAGGAGAUUCAUUUAACACUGAGGACCCGAUGGUUGAAGCAAAAUCCAGUGAAAACCAGACUGAAGAGGCUGGUGAUAAACUUUUUAAGUGUUCAUGUGGUAAAGCUUUUACUGCUCUGAUGCGCUUGAAAACCCACCAACGAUUUAGCCGCAACAGUCUUUGUUCUCCAGAAGAGACAAAGGAAAAACCAAAGAAAACCUGUAAUGAGUUUUACUGUAGUCAGUGUAAUAAAAGUUUCAGUGGGCAUAUUGCGCUUUUCAACCAUCAGCGAUGGCAUACUUAUCACUCAGAUAAUUCUGCACAGAGGUUCCCAUGUGAGGAAUGUGGAAAAGUAUUUAUGACAUUGACGUUUUAUUACAGGCAUCAACGCACUGCGCAUAGUGACGAGACCCCAUCAAAGUCUUUUCAUCAUCAAGUAUGUCAGCUACAGAAGAAAUCAUUUGCAUGUAAAGAUUGUGGGCUGAAGUUUUCUAGGGCGUCAGCGCUUCACUCACAUGAACUUAUUCACACAGAUGUUUUCAGAGAAACUGAGAAAGAGGCCCGCAUGCACACCUCGCUACUACCUCAACUUAAUCAUCAGAAUAUUCUGGAAAGUCAAAGUAAAGAGAUGGGCCAGAUGGAGGAAGAAGUAGUUUCAGUGAAUGUCCUUUCUACCCAUAUGGCUGAAGAAGACCCCCAUGUUAAUGAGACUGAUGAAGACUUGGAGAGUUAUGAACCUGGGGACUUAAUUGUGAAGGUGAUCAGUGCAAGUGAGUCUGAAGACGAGCCUGCACAAGACCUGAAUCCUGAUCUAGAGUUGCUCUGUGAGUCAGAUCAAGAAAUAAGAGAUGACACCAUCAGUAAUGUUCCCUCUAGUCUGAUUUCUAAACAAGAAAUGGAUCUAAAAAUUGUGCAGAUUGACUUUGAGCAUGCUGACGACCUGAGCAAACUGUUAGAAAGUGAAGCUGAAAGUAAAAACACAGAGCGCUAUGAUUGCCCAGAGUGUUAUCGAUGGUUUACUAGUGCUUCAUCACUGCGCGUUCACAGAAUGUGGCAUGGUGUCCAUAAGAGACGACAACAGGCUCAAGGUCAGUCAGCAGCAGUUUACACAUGUGGUACGUGUGGUCAACAAAACAAUAGCUAUGCAUCACAUUGCAGUCACAUACAGAUACACAAGGAUGAGACCGUAAGUAAUAAUGCAUUUCAGCAGACAGAGGGAGAAGAGAAAAGCAAUUUGACAUGUGACGAAUGUGGUAAAAGCUUCUCACGUUUGUCUGCAUUAGUCUCCCAUCAGUUGCAUCACCCAAAAAGAAAACAGUUCCAAUGUCCAGACUGCGUGAUGUCCUAUUCACAUGCAGCUAACCUUUUUAAUCAUAUGAAAAUUUGUUCUGCGCAGAAGAAGGAGAAUAUUUCAGCAUCUAAGAAAGAGUACAAUCCAAAGAAAACCCUUCUAGGACCAAAGAUUUAUCAUUGUGAACAGUGUGGGAAGGGUUUUUGGUCUUUAGGUGCUUACUCUCACCAUAAGCAGAGUCAGACACAGUGUGUAGACCUGAGGCUAAGGAAAGGCUUUGUGGGAACUUUGCACUCCGUUAAUGGACAUUCACGCUCCCCUGUUAAGGUUGCAUGUCCAGUAUGUGGUAGAAAAUUUCGUCACAAGGGCAUUAUGGCACUGCACAUGAGGAAACAUGAAAAUGGAAAUCACAAAUGCGAACUCUGCAACAGGACGUUUCGUCUUUUUUCUAGUCUCCUGAGGCACCAAGUUGUGCAUAAUGACCAGUUACUCCCACCGCCUAUUAAGUCUUUCCAGCAUCAGGUGGAGCAGUUGAAGAAGAACACGUACAGCUGUCCUGACUGUGGGAAGCUGUUUUCACGGGCUAAAGCCCUUCAGUUCCAUAUGAAGAGCCAUGGUUAUGAGACUGGCCACUCACCACCAUCUCAGAAGUCUGCUGUAACAUUAGAAGAUCUGCAGUGCUCAACAUGCUUUGCACAUUUCAACAGCAAGUCAUCCUUACGAGCCCAUCAAAAACUUUGCACUAAAAAAGAAAAUCAGGUCAUUGAUUCUAAGGCAGAGCACUUAGAAAAUCAAAACAUUCCUGAAUCACCCAAGGCUAGUGUGAAUGUAGGCACACCGGACCCCAGUGCACAGCAUUGUAUUGAUAACACAAAAAUAAAGAGUGAAAUGGAAACUGAAGAAGAAAACGCUGCAAUGUGGAGCUCAGAAAAAACGUCAGAUUUAAAAUACAAAUGCAAAACUUGUGACAGAAGCUUUUCAGUGAUUGGAGCUCUGAAUUUUCAUAAAAGGGUUCACGCUGAAGGUUCCAACUCAUUAACAAAAGCAAAACUGACGAUGUCUUUGCUUAAGAAACCUAAACAGGAAGAAUCAACUAAAGGAUUGUUUCACUGUUCAGAGUGUGGUAGGAGAUUUAUGUCCAACUCAGCCCUCGGCUCCCACAAACGAUGGCACAAAGACAAGAAGUUUUCACAUUCUUUAGGAAAAGAUGACGAGGCAAAUGCUGGAAACAACAAAACAGAAAGUGGACCUUUCAAGUGCAACAAAUGUGGCAAACAGUUUUUUAACCAUUGUGUUCUUCAGCGCCAUCAGAUGUUUAAUCCUCAAUGUCAAAGCACUGAGUCAGAGCCUGAUCCAGAGAAAAGUGUGGAGAGUAAAAGCAUGCCAGAGAAGUCAGAGUUUUCAUGUCUGGAAAGUAUCCAGCCGUUUGAGCAAGAUUCACUUGUAGCUGAUCACUUUGAAAGUGAACACGGUAGCUCAAUGGACCAGUUUCCAGAAGAGGGUGACAUCGACCUCAGUGAGAGCAAAUCUGUUUCACCGGUACUAAAGCCAAAAGUUUAUCAGUGUCCUAUCUGCUCUAUGACCUUUGCCAAAUCCAGAGGCCUGCGAGCCCACAAAUGGCAGGCACACUCAAAAGGCAGAAAAAAGAUUGGCUUAGAGAAGAAAAAACAGUUGAGCUGUGAUGUGAAAAAGCCACAAGAGGCAUCAGCUGUAGAUGGUACUACAGUGAUGAACAGUCAUGCUGUUGCAAAGAAAACUAUCGCUGUAGCAACAGGAGUGAAGAAAAUCGGACCAGAUCACAUACCUGUUAAAUCAAACGCUUAUAUUAACUCUGCGUGUGCACCUAUCGACCGUACAAAAGUGCAUCAGGAGGCACCUCUGGAACCUAAACAGGAGAUCCAAAUGGUGGAAGCUGAGGUUUCUCCACCUGUUAGCCGUCUGUCUGAGCAUACAGCCAAGUGUCUCUUCAAGUGUGAUAAGUGUGGGAAAGCUUUCCAAACAGAAGAAAAUCUAGGAACUCAUAAAACAAAAUCCAAAAGUCGGCCCUUUUCUUGUGCUCUCUGCUGCAACGGGUUUUGGACAGAGAAUCAACUGCAACAACACCUCAUCUGGCACGAUGAAGUCCGUGGCCGUCUCCCAAAUGAGGUUCGCUUUAGGCUCAGCGCUGCUAUGACCGUAAAGCCUCUAAAACCCAACCCCCUAUCUGCUGACAACAGGGCAGACUCACUUUCCUCCUCAACACUGAACCAACCAGUGACGACCCCAGAAAGCCAGUCACAAAGUAGCCAUAAGUGCCAACGCUGUGGCAAAGCCUUCCUUUUCGCAGCUGCACUGCAAAAACACGAAACUCAGCAGUGCACCAGUGACUCCUAUCAUUGCUCUGUUUGCCCAAGGACCUUCAGUGAAAUACAGGACCUUAUUGACCAUCACCAGGAAUGUACUGGUGGUUCUAAAAGACACAGUGAUGCCUCUGCUGCUUUCUUAUCAGGAGAAACUUAUGGCCUUACUUGUCUUGAAUGUGGAGCUACUUUUUGUCAAGAAACUGAUUUGCACCAGCACUAUGUUGAACACGCCAGAGGAACAUACUCAAGUAAAACGGAACAGAAAUAAGUGGCAGACACUGUACUUUGUGGAGGUUUUUUUUAAUGUUUUUUUUUUUUUUUUUGUGGUGGCAAAACUACUUCACUAUAUUAAGCUGCAAAACUCUGUUAAAUCAUUGUUUAUACUGGUUCUUUGACAUUUUCUCUCUAUAUUACUUGGUGUUAAUACGUAAAAAUGGUCAAAGCUGUUUAGUUUCUCCUAUCAUGCAUUUCUUUACACUGGAUUAACACAUGUACAAAUGUAAUAAUAUAUUCAAUGCUUAUAAAUGUAGAUUGACAUGUUCAAAGUGUGUUUCUGAACCUGCAGCUAAUUUGCCCCUGUUAUCUCAACUUGAACAAUUGAAUCUCUCCAAGGCUGAUGCGGAGCAGUUGAUAUAAUGCUAUAUAAAAUACAAUGCAUGUGAUUACUUAUAGUUCAGGUAAUGGCUUAUUCAAAAUGUCAAAAAACUGUAUUUUUGUCACACUAUUUGCCUCAAAAGUGUACAGGACACAAAACUAAUAUUGCUGCAGACAUUUGACAUGUGUGAGUUUCAGCUGAUUGACUUGUUGGCAGACAAAAACAAAUGUGCACUGUUUCAACUCGCUACCGUUUUAAAAGAUCUCACAAAUUUAACACAGUUGUGACCUGCAUUUGUACAUUAAUGAAUUUAUAAACUCUAAUGUAAUCUUUACUUCAGUGUUACAUUUCCAUUUUGUGGAAAGGCUGUUCAUUACUUUAUAGAAUAGAGAUUUUUGUUGCUGUAUGUUUCAUUCCGUGGAAAUAUGACUUUAUAUUGUAGAGAUGUUACUUUGCUCUUCUAAUUUAUGAAAUUCUUUUUUUCCCUUAGAUGACCAGUAUAUCCUUUACUUGAUUAACAUGUUUCUGAUAUGAAGAAGUCCCUAAAGGUUGAAAAUAAAUGCAUUAAUGUGAAACA